AGCCACUUCCGGCGCAGAUGGCCCCGGAUAAUCAUGGCGACCCUCAGAGCGUCUGUGUCGCUGUGGGGCCUCCUGACAGGUACUCGGAACAUCGAGCGGGUCUCUUUCCCGGCCCGAACUCGGCUCCAUCUCGGCACCCUGCUCCAGCCGCUGCCCAGGCUCUGCGGGGCGGGGUUGCCAUGCCGUCGGCUUGCCUCUGAGGCGGAAUCUGGUAGCUCAGAGAUCAAGAAACCUACAUUUAUGGAUGAGGAAGUCCAAAACAUACUCAUCAAGAUGACAGGCUUGAAUCUGCAGAAGAUUUUUAAACCAGCUGUACAAGAAUUGAAGCCACCAACCUAUAAGCUGAUGACCCAGGCACAGUUGGAAGAAGCUACAAGAAAGGCAGUUGAGGCAGCUAAAGUACGAUUAAAAAUGCCACCGGUUCUGGAAGAACGAGCGCCAAUAAAUGACGUGUUAGCUGAAGAUAAAAUUUUGGAAGGAACGGAAACAGCCAAAUAUGUGUUUACUGAUAUAUCGUAUAGCAUACCACACCGGGAGCGUUUUAUUGUUGUCAGAGAACCAAGUGGCACGCUACGGAAAGCCUCUUGGGAAGAACGGGACAGGAUGAUACAAGUUUAUUUCCCAAAAGAAGGUCGUAGGGUUUUGACACCAGUAAUUUUCAAGGAAGAAAAUCUUAAGACCAUGUACAGCCAGGACCGGCAUGUUGAUGUCCUCAAUCUCUGUGUUGCCCAGUUUGAGCCAGAUUCUGCUGAAUAUAUCAAAAUUCAUCAUCAGACUUACGAAGAUAUAGAUAAACAUGGAAAGUAUGACCUUUUACGCUCAACAAGACACUUUGGUGGAAUGGCUUGGUAUUUCGUAAAUAAGAAAAAGAUUGAUGGUUUACUGAUUGACCAGAUUCAGAGAGAUUUACUGGAUGAUGCCACCAGCUUGGUCCAGCUGUAUCACAUGCUCCAUCCAGAUGGCCCGUCGGCUCAGGAGGCCAAGGAGCAGGCUGCUGAGGGAGUACAUUUAAUUAAGGCCACAGGGGGAUAACCGAAGUAUAUCUGAGUACCUGGUUAUGAAUUUCUCUCACCAGAGUGGAUGGUGCAGUAUAAAACAACAAAAAGGUACUUCUUUCUGUAUUACCAACUAGGUAGUUUAAACAGAGCCCAGCUUAAUGAGGUUUCUGGGUUUCAGAUCCUGAUUCUAGAAGCAGGUAGCUACUAGACAAAAAUCAGGACAUAAUAAUCCAAGU